AUGUUCAAUAGAGCAACGGCGGUUGUGGAGGCAACGAAAGUCGAGCUCAGACUACAGAGCGAGCAACUUCCAGCGGCUAAAUUGUGGAUCUCAUGUCAAGCAAUCCAAGACAUUUGUGAAGGAGAGUUCGAACCACAAGUGGAUAUCGAGACCAGAGGCCAGCUGAAGCAACUGAAGAUCCAGCUGGCAGACGAUGCCGACACCGACAAGCCGAUUGCCGUCGUCAUCAGACUUGAUCAUCUCGUGGAAUUCCAGGCACGGAAGGCAAUCUGGCUCACCAAAAGGUGGAGGUGGUUCAGACUAUGUUGGGAUGGACGUUGUUCGGACGUCGUCACAGUCAGAACGACAGGGAUUUCAAAUCAGCACUACGUGGCUGCCUGUCUUGCCAGUACGGUGGAUGAAAAACAAAUUCGAACUACUUCAGUAAUCCGAGACGGAGCGGAUAGAUCUCUCGACGAACAAUUCAGGCGUUUUGUCGAGACCGACGCGUUUCUAUCAAAUUACGACCACGACCAAUCCGAGAAACUUUUCACCGAAGAAUUCAUGAAAAGCGUUGACUUCGAUCAUCGAGAAAAACGAAUCGUGGUCCGGCUUCUAUUCAAAGAUGAUAUCGAACCUUCGGAAAACAAGGGACUCUGCCCAGCCAGACUACGAUCACUCGAAACGAGCUUGAAGAAAACAGGAUUGCGACGGAAAUACGAUGCCGAAUUUGAAGGGAUGCUCGGACUGGGAUCCAUGGAGAGAGUCGACGAAAAAGCCACACCGGGAAGGAACAUCUCGUAUGUACCACAUCGGGAGGUCCUCAAAGAAGACAGUCUGACAACGAAACUGUGGGUGGUAUUCGACGCCUCAGCGAAGGAAAAAAACAAGUGUUCACUCAAGGAGUUUCUGUGGAAUGGUCCGAAUCUCAAUGCGGAUUUGUUGGGAGCGUUGCUCAACUUCAGACGAUUCGAUGUGACUUUGAUGGCCGAUACUGAAAAGUCAUUCCCGCAAAUAAUCUUCCACGAAAACGACAGAUACGCUUUCCGCGUACUUUGGGACGCUGACGGUACGGGAACGCCUCAGGUGUUCCGUCUGACCAGAAACUGCUUUGGACUUGGUUCAUCGCCUUUCAUCCUGGCUGCAUGCUUCCGGAAGCUUCUCAACACGUACCAGGGAUCUCAUCCGCAAGUUAUCGAGCGACUCAGAUACAGCUAUUACGUUAAUAAUGUCGUGAUGUUGAUACCGAAUGUAGGAGAAGCGGUCCAACACUACGAGGUGACGAAAGAGCUGUUCGCCAGUGGAUCAUUCGGGUUGCGAAAAUGGUUUUCCAACGCGGAAGAUCUCAUGGCUAGGUUCGUCGGGGACGCGGUAUCAUUGGAGGAAUUCACCGGUAAAGGCACAGGAGAGAUGAAGGUCCUGGGGAUAAGAUUGGGUAUCUUGGCACCGGUGGUUUUAAGGGUCAAGAUUAUCAUGCAGCAACUACCGUGUCUCCCCGAAUAUAAGUCCUACCCCGAAAAUGAGCCCCACACGAAUUUCCGAGCUCAUCGCUGGAAUAAGCCAUACCCCGAAAGUUAUCUUCAGACGCUGGACUCGGCCAUAAGUAAACCAUUCAAAGAUUAUCUGCGCUGGAACGUCAACGACUUCAUCGAGAACCGUCUGCAGAGGAACAUGCGGGGAAAUUCCGUGAAACCCGCUCUGAGUGGAGUUGUCCCAAGGCGAUGCAAGCAUCAUCGCAUGCGGACUGGUCGCGUACGCGGUCACCAGGGAUACAGAUCGGAGUCGAUGUUCGAGCUUCCUUCUAGCAAGGUCGAAGAUCGCGCCGAAUCUACAAUACCGCGACUGGAACUCAUCGGACUCGUGCUAGCGGCGGAGACACACGCGUACUUGAAAGAUCAGCUCAUGUUCAAAGUACACGAGUAUCAUUCGUGGACUGAUAGCACCAGCGCUUUCUACCAGGUCAAGACUCAACAGCCAGAUAAACUACCAUUCUUCGUGAGGAACAGGGUGAAGGAGUUCCAACGUCUUGUUGGAUCAACGGUAGUAAGGCAUAUUCCCGGUCAGUUGAAUAGAGCGGAUUUAGUGAGUAUAGGAUGCAACAUCGAACAGCUGAGGACCUCGAUAUGGUUUUCGGGUCCGAAGUUCAUCAGAGAGGAUGAGUCAACGUGGCCGGUGCAACCGGAGCCGCCGAAGUUGAUGGCAGCGACAGUGAGUGCGCGGCCAGCAUUGAAAUCGGUUCUCGCGUUCGAUCGACUCGGCAGAUGGCUAAAGUUGAAACGAUCGUUCGCAAUCGUGCAACGCUCCAUUGAUUGCAAGAUGAGGAGAAUAGGGAGGGAACAAGCCAGAAGUCAAUUGACACCCGGGGAGUUGGAUCGAGCGGAGAUAGUCAUCGUCCGGGAGGUUCAGAAGGAGGGCUUCCAGAAUGAG